CAGGUUGCUUCCUAGGCACGAGUCACCUAUAAAUCGACAUGUCGCAUGUAGCUGGACAUUCUUAAGUUCUUAGCCAUUUUCGCUUCUCCUUUACCGAGCUUCAUCUCCAUAGGUAACGCACGAGAGCCAGCAGCAUGGAGCGGGAGGAUUUGGGUGCAUGGCUAGGCCUAGCAAUAGGCGGCGGCGAGGGCGGCGGUGGCGAUGUGAGCCAUGGCCACGAGGACGAACGCCGGCCUGAUCCGGUUCGAUUUGACGCGCUGUUCUCCCUGUGUGGCAACCAAGAGCGCGAUCCUGAUGAACACGCGGCGAGAAAGACAGGAGGGAAAGGUGCAAGGAAGAGGGUCGGCGACGAUGACGGCCGAUCGUCGUCGAACAGCCCAUGUUCGAGCGACGGCGCGAGGAGGAAGAAGCUCCGGCUCACCAAGGAGCAGUGCACCCUCCUCGAAGACAGCUUCCGUGCCCGCAACAUACUUUCUCAUGUCCAGAAGCAGGAGCUGGCACGGCAGCUGAAUCUGAGCUCCAGACAGGUCGAAGUGUGGUUCCAAAAUAGAAGAGCCAGAACAAAGCUGAAGCAGACGGAGGUGGACUGCGAGUCCCUGAAGCGGUGGUGCGAGAGCCUGACGGACGAGAAUCAGCGCCUGAAGCAGGAGCUUGUGGAACUGCAGCGGUCAGCUGCGAUGGCGGCACGGGCAGCGGGCUCGCCGCUCUUCGCCCAGCUUCCCAGGGCGGCGGCCAUGAUGAACUUCUGCCCGUCCUGCGAGAAGGUGGACGUGAAGAAUUAACGAAAUUCGAGUGCUUGAUGCGAUGAACAUAGAUGGGUAUAUAUAUAUACUCGACUUGUGGAGGUCUAGAGUGAGUUCGUGUAGACUAAUCAAGUGUUUUGAUAACUUCUAGAAUUUGACGAUCGUGAAUAUACGAGGAUUGUAUGGCGUUACAUGCAACCUCUAGUUAUAUAUUCAGUCACGCACACGAUAUUAGUUUGUUUGUUCUGAUGAAAUAAUUAACUGUUCGUUGAUGGGAGGCAGAGCAGAUGAAAUUUUGUUAGCUUACUUUUCUGCUCCCUUCUGCUCUCUUUUUGUCCUUAAGGGGCGCUUUUGUAUUUUGUAUUUCCUGCUAAAUUA